AUGAGACAUUUCUCGCCGUCGACUGUCUUUGCGCGGUGUUCAGUCUAUAUAUCUGCGCCCUCUCGAUCAAGAUCCUGUCGUUCAUAUGUCCGCGAUGCUACGAAAUGUGACACUGUGGGCCGGGUUAUUAUCUAUGAGCCUCCAGACUCAUAUGCGGGUUCCGACGGUCGAAUUACUUUCGACCAUCUUGGGAUCCGCGCAGAGAUAGUGAAGGUGCUGAAUGAGGCUUUCCCCUCAGUCAAGCAUCCCACGACAACUCAACAGCUGCUUAUUCGAGCCAUUUUAUCCAAUAAAGAUGUUUUGUUGAAGGAUCAUACUGGGACGGGGAAGUCUUUUGGUAUACUUCUUGCCCUGCUGAACAAUGCUUUCAAGGCCUCAAUCCAUGAUGGCGGCUCAAAAUCGAAGAGCAAAUCGAAAUCUAUCACGUCACUCGUCAUUGUUCCUCACCGAGAUCUGGCAUACCAGUUCAUUCACUGGGUUGAACGUAUCCACAGCUACUUGCCUCGAGCGGAUCCAAUUGCUUCCAUCGUCCAAGCUGUCGUUCGAAAUGCAGCCGAUCCGCUUCCGGAGCAAAUUUUGCAUCUAAAGGAGCAUCCACCCCGCAUACUCAUUGGCACGCCUCCUGCUUUACUCGAUCUAAUACAAGAAGAUGCAUCUGCACUCAUAUUUGACAAGCUGUCGACAGUCGUCGUAGAUGAAGUGGAUUAUCUAGUGGAGUCCUUCCCGAGGAAUAUGGACAAAUACGCUCGAUUGAAAGCGCGAAGACAGCUGCUGAAGCAUCCGAGUCUCACUCGUCAAAUUCUAAACAAGAUCUAUUGCAUUAACAAGUCAGUAUCGAACAAGAAGUCACAAACAGAUUCAGAUCCAUCUUUUCAUUCGAACGUCGGUUUGGAUCGGCCCCAAUUAAUUAUGGCGAGCGCGACAUUCCGUGUACCCUUGCGACAUUUCGUUCUCGUGCGAAGCGGAUGGUUUCCAAAGAGUCGGGAUAACUUGAUUCGCAUUAUGGGAUCAUCGGUCCCGGAUAAUUUGGUGAAACCUUCCACUGAGGACGUUGCGCGUCAUUCACUUGGCGGUUCAUUCAUUCAGCACCAUGCUCUAGUGGUUUCUGAGGAUGGGAGCAUAAAAAACAUCACUGGUGCUGCUGAUCCGCCUCAACCAGAAGAUACCAUGUCGUCGGAUUCAUCAAUAUCGGGUCACACCAUCACAGUCAAUGCAACAGCAUUGUCUCCACCAGACAGCGGUAUAAACGAGGACCACAUGGACUUUGAGAGUAUAGGCGAUGACAUUGUUGUUGAGUCUCUUCCGUUCAAAUACAAUAUGUUAGAGGCUGUCAGCGAGGCAUUCGCGUUGGAUGUGCCUCGGCUCGCUCUUCUUGUCUUGCCUGCUUCAGCGCCGCUGAGGCGAGUCGUGACUGCCCUGUGUGAGUUUGGUGUAGAUGCACGCAAUCUGGACAUCUUUCAAGAGGAGGCUAGAAGCGGGUACCUUUCGCAAGAAACUUCCCGACCUCCGUCAGACAAUCCGACACUGUUGGUUGGCACCUUAGCGUCAAUACGAGGACUGGAUCUUCCAGAGCUGACACACGUUUUCAUCCUCGGGCUGCCUGAGGACCGUCCGGUUGAUACUUACCUGCAUGCUGCAGGGCGAGUGGGUCGCUUUGGGCGUGGGGGGAAGGUCAUCAGUGUCUUAUCAGCACGACAUAAAUCCAAAACAAACAAGGGCAAGUUCGGAUGGAAGGAUGAGCCGCAGAAGAUACAGAGGAUGUUCCAGAUGAUGGGAGUCAAGCCGAUAAAACUAUCACAUUUCUUAUAG